CCUCGGGUGGGAAAAAAUAAAGCGUCUGCGCCAUAUGUUCGGAGGUUUUGGAUUUGAAGAAGUUUUUCCUUUUGUUGUAAAAUAACGGCGAAGCAGUGAAGUGAAUCCAGUGAGCGUUACAAGAAGAGGGAGGUCUGGUCUGUGAGUGGAUAGUUUGAUGUUAUCCUGACACUGGACUCACUCUAUAAACCUUCUCUCUGACAAAUCAAGCUAACGAUAUUGGCUACACAAGGCAGGACACAGAGUGAGCAUGGCCCGACCUCUGCAGGUCCUCUCCCUCCUGUCCAGGCUCGGUUCCCUGCCAGUGAAAACCACAAGCAGCUGUCGGUUUGCCAGCAGAGGUGCCAGCGGGGCGUGGAUGGGACAGAGCCAUGUGCGCAGAGACAGAGCCUCAAGAUACAGCGAUGAGAUGUCUGAGGAGGAAUUUGGACUGGAGGAUGUAGAGGAUGUAGAAGACAAGCUCCAGGCCUUGGAUGAUGAAGGGAGGAAGAGGCAGAAGACUGUGAAAUACCACAUACUGAGGAGGCAGAUGACUGCACCAGGAGCUCCACAGAGGAAACUAACCUGGGAUACUAUUGAGCAGAUCAGAUAUCUGAAGCAAGAGCAACCAGAGGAGUGGACAGUGGAGCGUCUGGCUCAGGGCUUCUCUGUCACCCCUGAUGUCAUCCUGCGGGUCCUCAGGAACAAAUUCGUCCCAUCUCCUGAAAGAAAAUCCAAGCAGGAUGCCAAAGUAAUGGCUGGACUGGGUCGGCAGAUGCUGCCUUCAGGUGCUGGGGCAGGGAAGGACAGACUGAAGCUGCCUUCAGGUGCUGGGGCAGGGAAGGACAGACUGAAACUGCCUGGUAACUGUGCACCAGCCAAACUCUCAUCUGGAAGUAGAGAAGGUGCUUUAAUCUCUGCAGCUGACCACACACCAAUGAUACGAGGAGAAGGCUCAGGGUCCCUGGCCACGAGUCCUGCCCCUGUUACUGUUCUGCCCCCCCAGGUCCCAGCUGGUGCCGGUAGAGCCGCCACAGUGACAAGAUCAACAGAAGAAGACAGAACUACCAACACAGCUGCGGCAGAGCAGGACACAGAGGAAGAGGAAAGCUGGGAUGGACAGGUGUUGACAGAAGAAGAACUUGAAAAGUUUAUGGAAAUGCAGAAGGCCGUUCCUCCUGUGGCGCAAGUUGGGAAUGAUUUCUUUGACACAGAGGGAAACUUCUUGUAUAGAAUCUAAGCACUUUUUGUUGAACUGUCAGUUAACAAUGUUUGAUGCUCAGGGUUGCCAAUAUUACACUUAUCAUAAUCAACUCAGCAACCUUUGGAACAGAUGAGUAGUGUACAGGCUACACACAGGAAAAACAAGUCUAACAAAUAAAAUAUAUUUUGUAUUGCA